GCCAGGCAGGGUGGCCCGCGUCUCUCCAGGCAGCUGCUGCUGUGCCAACGCUGUGGCCUGAGGCUCCGCUCGCCCCUGGCCCGACCCACCUGAACGAUGACCCCGAUGGUUCCCAUGGCGUCUGGCCCUCGCCUCCGGCUCUUUGCCUGCUUCCGCAGGCUGGCCACCCCACAGGUGGGCCCACUUCAGCUGCACACAGGAGCCAGCUGUGCAGCCAAGAACCACUAUGACGUGCUGGUGCUGGGUGGGGGCAGUGGUGGCAUCACGAUGGCCUCCCGCAUGAAGAGGAAAGUGGGUGCUGAGAAUGUGGCCAUUGUUGAGCCCAGCGAGAGGCAUUUCUAUCAGCCCAUCUGGACGCUGGUGGGGGCUGGUGCCAAACCGUUAUCCUCCUCUGGCCGUCCCACCGCGAGUGUGAUCCCAGCUGGGGUGGAAUGGAUCAAGGCGAAAGUGUGUGAACUUAAUCCAGACAAGAACUGCAUCCACACAGACAGCGGCAAGGAGAUCUCCUACAAAUAUCUGAUUCUUGCUCUUGGCAUCCAGCUGAACUACGAGAAGAUUAAAGGCCUACCAGAAGGUUUUGCUCAUCCCAAAAUAGGGUCCAAUUACUCAGUGAAGACAGUGGAGAAGACAACAGGGAAGAGACCCAAGGCCAAUAUCAUGUUCAACACUUCUCUUGGAGCCAUUUUUGGGGUGAAGAAGUAUGCAGAUGCCCUGCUGGAGAUCAUCCGGGAGAGGGACCUCACCAUCAACUACAAGCAAAACCUCAUUGAAGUCCGAGCUGACAAACAAGAGGCCGUUUUCGAGAAUCUGGACAAACCUGGGGAGACCCAAGUGAUUUCAUAUGAAAUGCUCCAUGUCACCCCGCCCAUGGGCCCACCAGACGUCAUCAAGACGAGUCCCGUGGCGGAUGCUGCUGGCUGGGUGGACGUGGACAGAGAAACCCUGCAGCACACGAGAUACCCGAAUGUGUUUGGGAUUGGGGAUUGCACCAACCUGCCUACAUCAAAGACCGCGGCUGCCGUGGCCGCUCAGUCGGGAAUCCUCGACAGAACCAUUUCCCUGGUUAUGAAGAACCAGACGCCAGUGAAGAAGUAUGAUGGCUACACAUCUUGCCCACUGGUCACUGGCUACAACCGUGUGAUUCUCGCGGAGUUUGACUACAAUGCUCAGCCUCUGGAAACAUUUCCCUUUGACCAGAGCAAAGAACGCCUCUCCAUGUACCUCAUGAAAGCCGACUUGAUGCCUUUCCUCUACUGGAAUAUGAUGCUCAGGGGCUACUGGGGAGGACCAGCCUUUCUACGGAAGUUGUUCCAUUUGGGUAUGAGUUAAGGUCAACUUGGCUCAACCCUGGCUCCCCUUGGAUGGCAUCUAGAUCAAAACGAUAUGCACCGAUUGAUCAACAAUAGUAGUAUGAAGGAGGCAGAGUCUAACCCUGUAAAGAGUUUACUUUGGACAGUGGUGACCAAAUUCCCCCUUGUCAGUGUCUCCACGCAGCCAACCCUUGGAAGGGCUUGAUUCUUGGGAAGCAUCCCAAUACAAAGAACAGACUUCUGUUUUCUAAAUAAAAGCUUUUUUGUUGA